CCGCAGUUACGGGAACUUCAACUUCAGCCCUUUGCUAUCGCCGAAGGUCACCCAGAUUUUGAUCGCCACACCACAUGCCAGGCCAACAUCUGGCGGCCUACUACGGAAGUAGUUCAGUUGCUACACCCAUGCACUGUUGAAAUACGAAUCAGACCCAAGUUCGAAUCCAGAUGCAAGCAAUCAGAUGCACAGAAUCAAAUAGAUUCUGAAUUACCUCGGGCCGGUCAGUUCAUCUAUUCUAUGAUAUCUCAACGACUCCAGCCCCGAGACUCCCGCCAACAACCAAGGUCCGACAAGCGCCGCUCGACAAGCUGUUAUUACAAUAGACAAGCCACCUGCGCGUCGUGGAGAACCCCUCACGUCUCUGGAGUCCGAUCGAUCGGGUAGCAGCCAUGAACAGAUGUCGACCGUCGGCUUUCAGCAUCGACGAUCACUGCAGUUCUUUUGAUCCCUGACAGUGAAAAGUGAAUUCUCGGUCUUCAUCGUUGAGGUCCGUCGACCAAAUCAAGUGGCAUCUCGAUCAAAUCUCGACCCUUAGAAGACGCUCUGUUCCGUGUUCCGUCCCGCCUGAUUAGCUAAAUCUGCGCUACUACGCUUAUCCGCUUGGUGGAGGAGGGUGCAACAGAAUUGCAAAAUUGAAUUGAACUGCGAUACUUAGUCAGGAUGGUGUAUUGCAGGCUGGACUCGCUCUUAUGUGCCAAGCGGACAGCGGAAUGUCUCCGCCAGGUGAUCUCCUCUCGUCUGAUGUCGGGAUCGGACCAGGGUUCAGAUCUGCUGGAGGCUGUCAAGACCGCCGGGACAAAGCUGGUCGCAGCGAAUCCGACAGAGCUUGUUAUUGGAAAUGUAAUGCGGCGGGUGAUGAAGAUAAUCCGUGAAGAGGAGGCGACACUAAGGGCUUCGGCAGUGGCAGGAGAAGAAAGUGGGAGAGGGGAGGAGGAUGAUCGGGCAGCAUCGGAAGGCGGGCGGCAACUUCAGCGAUCCCAACUAAAGGAAAAUGCAAUCGACGGCGUCAACGAGUUAAUGCAUGAGCUAAACGAGUCCUACUCGGAAAUUGCUCAGCGCGCAGCAGAACACAUUCAUCACAAUGAAGUAAUUCUGACAGUUGGAGGGUCUGAAAUGCUGUUCAAAUUCCUUCUCGAGGCAAAGAAGCAGCGGUCAUUUCAAGUCACCGUCGCUGAAGCAGACCCGAGGUAUGGUGGGCUUACUUUGGCAAAAGAGCUUUCGCAUGCAGGAGUGCAAACAACAGUCAUUACGGAUGCCGCUGUCUUCCCGAUGAUGGCACGCAGUAACAUGGUACUUAUUGGUGCCCAUGCAGUGAUGGCGAAUGGGGGUGUGAUUGCACCGGCGGGAUCGCAUGUUGCUGCUCUGGCAGCAAAACGCCAUGCUGUACCUUUUGUUGUCCUUGCUGCCAUCCAUCAGCUGUGUCCUGUGUAUUCGGACGCGCCUGACAUUGUGAGAAAUGAGGGAAGGCUUGCAUCUGAGAUGCUCAACUAUGGGGAAUUUUCAGACUGCAUGGAGUCCGAAGAUGGGGAGCCGCUUUUGCAAGUGCUGAAUCCGGCCUUCGAUUACAUUCCGCCUGAGCUUGUCAGCCUCCUUGUCACAGAUGGCACGUUCAGUUCAGUGAAUUUCGGUCCGGUCAUAGGACCGGGUUGUUGCCAAGUGAUUGAUGUCAUCCCGGUCGCUGUUGUUUUACGGAACGAUGUAAUCGCAGUGCAGCAGGAGACGUGUGCCACUGAGGGGGCAUACUCACAUUGGGCCGUCGUGAUCGCAGAAUCGCAAAAUCAGGUCCUUCUCGGUGCCGAUUUUGCGGCUCUGCGAUCAUAAGGGCCUAGUGUGAGUAUACCCCAACAAAUCUUGCGUUUCCUA